AUGAAGCUAAGCUUCAGCAUGAAGCCUGUCGGACUGGCCCAACCCGGCGGCAAGAAGCCGCUCCCCUUCAGCGCCGAUGACGAUGACGAUGCGGAGGACGCCGCCCUCCCCACGACCGCCGGCGGCGUGCACCGCCCCGUCAAGCGCCCGCGCCGCGUCGUCGCAGCUCAGCCUCCGCCUCCUCCUGCCCCGACGGCAGAGAGGAAGGAGGUGAUCGACAAGCUCGCCCAAUACGUGGCCAGACACGGACCCGACUUUGAGCAGCUGACGCGCUCGCGCAACGAGGGCAACCCCAAGUUCGGGUUCCUCUUCGAGACCGCGGCGUCGGCCAGCGCCGAGGUCCACGUCGAGCGUGCCUACUACCUGUGGGUGCGCGACGAGGAGCGCAAGAAGGUCGCGUCGGCCGCCGGCAAGGGACCCAUGCCGUUCCCGUCCGGCAGCGUCGGUAGCGGCAGCGCACACGCCACGUCAUCGGCCGCACCGCCGCCGUGGCGCAAGCAGCAGACGCCUGCGGCGCCGGCGCCGGCGCCCGCGUACCAUCCGCACCCGCAGGCCACGGCGCACUACUCUCCGCACCCAUCGGCUGCCGCCGCUGCUGCCGGGCCUCCGCUUCCGCACUCUCCGCCGACCAACAAAAAGCGCCAAUUCGACGAGAUGGGAGGCUACCAGAAGAAGUUCAGCGAGGACGGGCCACGUGCGACGUCGCCGACGGCGUCGGGCGGGUACAGGUCCACGCCCCUGCCCGGCACCUCGUCGUACGACGACGACACCCCACCACAGCAGACGCAACACGGCAGGCCAGGCGGACAUCACAUCGGUGACUUCUUGCCCAAGGAGGAGCUGGAGAAGUUCCUGCCCAAGAGGGCGGGCUCGAGCGCACCCAAGCCCGCCCCACCCGCACCGCAGGCCGUCGAUUCGGACAUUGGCAAGAAGCUCCUUCAGAAGAUGGGCUGGAAGGAGGGAACGGGCCUGGGUUCGACGGGGGAGGGCAUCACGGAGCCGAUCAAGGCGGAGGUGAAGAACGACAUGCUGGGUGUGGGCACCUCUGAUCCGUCCACCGUCGCCGAAAACGAUGACAUCUAUGAGGCCUACAAGAAGCGGAUGAUGACCGCGUACCGCUACCGGCCCAAUCCGCUCAACAACCCGCGACGUCAGUACUACUGA